CGCCCGGGAGGCGGAGGCGGGGCGGGGCGGGGGCGCGGGGAGCAGGGAGCGCCGGCGCCCGCCCGCCACCCCCAUUCAUUCAGCCGAGCCCGGGGGCCGAGGGGCUCCGGCGGCCAGUUCUGCACGGCAGGAGCGCGGGCGCAGCCCCCCAGCCAGCACGCAGGGCCCGGGCCGGCCGGGGCGCUUCCUUGCCGCCGCCCUCCGCGCGUCGCGCGGCCCGCGAGCCACCAUGUCCGACCCCGCGGUCAACGCGCAGCUGGACGGGAUCAUUUCGGACUUCGAAGCCUUGAAAAGAUCUUUUGAGGUCGAGGAGGUUGAGACACCCAACUCCACCCCAACCCGGAGGGUCCAGGCUCCCCUGCUCCGGGCCUCUGUGGCCAGCUCCACGCAGAAGUUCCAGGACCUGGGUGUGAAGAACUCAGAGCCCGCAGCCCGCCAUGUAGACUCCCUCAGCCAGCGGUCCCCCAAGGCUGCCCUGCGGAGGGUCGAGCUCUCGGGGCCCAAGGCCGAGCCUGUGUCUCGGCGCACCGAGAUCUCCAUCGACAUCUCGUCCAAGCAGGUAGAGAACGCCGGCACCGCUGGGCCGUCCCGGUUUGGGCUCAAGCGGGCCGAGGCGCUGGGCCACAAGACGCCAGAGCCCGCCCCUCGGAGGACGGAGAUCACCAUAGUCAAGCCCCAGGAGUCCGCCCACCGGAGGAUGGAGACCCCCGCCUCCAAGACCCCCGAGGUGCCUGCCGCCCCCGCCACCGACGCAGCCCCCAAGAGGGUCGAGAUCCAGGUGCCCAAGCCAGCCGAGGGGCCCGCCUCCCCCAUCCCACCCCAGAUCCUGGAGAAUUCGGAACCCUCCCCGAUGUCUCAGCUGCAGAGCAGGCUGGAGCCCAAGCCCCAGCCGCCCAUGCCCGAGGCCCCACCCAAGAGCCAGGAGGCCACCGAGGCGGCUCCCGGCAGCCUUGGCGACAUGGCCGACACCCCCAGAGAUGCCGGGCUCAAGCAGCCGCCCGCACAGAGGAACGAGAAGACCCCCGUGGACUUCGGCUACGUGGGGAUCGACUCCAUCCUGGAGCAGAUGCGCAGGAAGGCCAUGAAGCAGGGCUUCGAGUUCAACAUCAUGGUGGUCGGGCAGAGCGGCUUGGGAAAGUCCACCUUGAUCAACACCCUCUUCAAAUCCAAGAUCAGCCGGAAGUCAGUGCAGCCCACCUCGGAGGAGCGCAUCCCUAAGACCAUUGAGAUCAAGUCCAUCACACACGAUAUCGAGGAGAAGGGCGUCCGCAUGAAGCUGACGGUCAUCGACACGCCAGGGUUCGGGGACCACAUCAACAAUGAAAACUGCUGGCAGCCCAUCAUGAAGUUCAUCAACGACCAGUACGAGAAGUACCUGCAGGAGGAGGUCAACAUCAAUCGGAAGAAACGCAUCCCGGACACGCGUGUCCACUGCUGCCUGUACUUCAUCCCCGCCACCGGCCACUCCCUCAGGCCCCUGGACAUCGAGUUCAUGAAGCGCCUCAGCAAAGUGGUCAACAUCGUCCCGGUCAUCGCCAAGGCCGACACACUGACCCUGGAGGAGAGGGUCUACUUCAAACAGCGGAUCACUGCAGACCUGCUGUCCAAUGGCAUCGACGUGUACCCCCAGAAGGAGUUUGAUGAGGACUCAGAGGACCGGCUGGUGAAUGAGAAAUUCCGAGAGAUGAUCCCGUUUGCCGUGGUGGGCAGUGACCAUGAGUACCAAGUGAACGGGAAGAGGAUCCUUGGAAGGAAAACCAAAUGGGGCACCAUCGAAGUUGAGAACACCACACACUGUGAGUUUGCUUACCUGCGGGACCUCCUCAUCAGGACGCACAUGCAGAACAUCAAGGACAUCACCAGCACCAUCCACUUCGAGGCCUACCGCGUGAAGCGUCUGCACGAGGGCAGCGGCGCCAUGGCCAACGGCGUCGAGGAGAAGGCGCCAGAGGCCCAGGAGAUGUAGACGCCACCUGCCCCGGGGACCCUGCCCGGGGACCCUGUCCCGAGUCUUUUCUGUCUUCCCCACCCUCCCCCCGCCCACCUGCCCCGUUUUAUUUUAUAUAAUGUUCUCCUUGUGUCCUCGAUCUCCGCCCCAUUACACUCGCCGAGUAACAAGAUGACAGGUGCCCUCUGAGUAUGUUAUUAGCCCGCUGACCACGCGGAGCCGGGCUGGGGGGCCUCGGAGCGGAGGCCGGCGCUUUGGCUGACCCUGAGGUCCAGGAGGGGCGGGAGGACCACUGACUCAGUCCCGACCCUGCCCCCACCCUGGGCCCAGCUCCCUGCAGCCCGAGGAGUGGCCUCCAGCUCUCGGUGCCCCUGGGCCACAGCCCCUGGAGCGUGGCGGGCUGGUGCCCACGGGAGGAUGGCGCCGUCCCAGUGGACCUGGAGCCCUUCCUGUCCCCACCUCCCCGCACGACGCUGGCCAUGACUCAGAGCCCCCCACCCUGCCCCUAGGGGAGAGCCGUUCAUUCCAGGAGCCCCACGUCGCCCAUUGCUUCGAUGCGGCCAGGCCGUUGGCUGCUGCCCGCACACCCGUCUGCGAGCCUGUCCUGGAGCAGGAAGUGCCUUUAUCUCAGCCGUCCACGCGAGCCAGCAGCGCCCCCGCUGUCCCCUCGGACGGGAAAUUGGGACAAUUUGGAGAGACGGGGACGUGUCUUCAUCUCCCCUCGUGUCCCGCCACACCCCCCUCUGGGAUUUGAGUGAGGAUUCAAAGGAAGGAAAAAGAUGCACCCCACCCCCCUGGUUCUGGGGAAGGUCCAAGUGAGUGAAGCUGGUGGAGGAGGUGAGGGCGAAGUGCUGGCAGGUGCCUGAAGGAAGUGGGGGGCUGUGUGGACCGUGGCCGGGGAUGUUCAGAGUGGCCCUUGUGGUACCUGCCCUGCCCCACCCUGUGUGACUGGGGAAGGCUGGGUCUGUCUGUCUGUUUAGACGUCCAUGUGGCCCAAGACGCUCUGGUUAAGUGAAUGCGCAUUUGGCCAACCCCAGAUACACACUUAGCCCUCCUGACCCAGGCCUUGCUGACACCGCCACCAGGGAGGUGGGAGGCCUGGCAAGCCGUUAGUGUUGCCCUAAGUGUGCCUGGGCCCCUGCGGCAGCCCCCCACCUCGCCAUCGCCCGAGCCCAUCGUAAAGACCCCCAGAGAAGGGUCGGUCAGGUGUGCAGCCCACAGCCAGGCUGCAGAGUGGGCUUCACAUCCACACAGCUUAGGCCAGUGAGAUUAGACACGGGGAGACGCGCGUCUGUCUGCAGACCCCAGGCUUGGUGAGAAGCGCGGUGGGAGGGGUGGGUGCAGACUGCCCUGACGUGUGCGUGCGUGCGUGCGUGCGUGCGUGCGUGCGUGCGUGUGUGUGUGUGUGUGUGUGUGUGUGUGAGGUUGCUUUGCGUGUUUACUCCCUCCCCACCUAAGAGAGGAAGGACCCCCUUAGCGAAACAGUUUACUUGCCGUCUUGCCAUUUUUGCCAAAACCAAGAUGUUGAAGGACGCGUCGGUCUCCAGCGUCGGGGUCCCGGUCAUGGGGCGGCCUCCGCGCUGCCGGGGUCCAGCAGCCCCCGUCCCAAGAUGCCUUCGCUUUCCUUCUUUGUAGCCAGAUUUUGAAAAAUUGUUAGUUUCCCUGGGAUCUGUUCCACAGUGGCCUUUCGCUAUGUGCCUCCUGAGAAAUUCGUCUCUUUUUGUAUAAAUAACAAAGUGUUGAAAAUGUAUUUCCUGAAAUAAAUGUUCCAAAUGCAAACCCGGAA